CUGCCCUGCCUCCUGUCAGUUGUCUUCUCACCGCUGUUACAACACGGACGUAUUUGACGGCGGGACCAACGCAGAACAGCAGCAGCAGCACUAUGGCUAAAAGUGAUGGAUGCGAUUACUUUAGAAGAACCAGCCUCUUUUGGAUUGUCUCCGUGACUCUGGGGGUUGCAUAUUUCACUUGCAUCGUGUUUGCGCCAGAAAGAAUCCCGUUUGAGUACCUCGGGCUGUUUGGCACCUUCUGCAGACACCUUGUGGAGAACUACGCCGGCAUUAUGUACAAGGGGUGGUGGGCUGCCUUCGCUAUCCAUGUUUUGGAAGCUCUCGUUGCGUUGAGGGUGUGCAGUAACAAAGGCGUCAGCAGCCCGGCUGCUCGCUCCCUGUGGUUCGUCCAGACCUUUCUGUUUGGCUUCGCCUCCCUCGGCUUGCUCCUCAAGUACGACCCCGAGCGUCCCAAACAGCACUGACGGAGCGCACGCAACAACACCGCGGAAAACAAACCCAGGAAAAAAAUCAAUCGCUUCCCGUGUGCCUCUUCUUCUUCUUCUUCUUCCACUGUCUUUGGGAUAUGGAAUCCCGCUGAGGGGGCAAGUGGAGGGAGACAUCUGAGCCUUUUUCUUUUCUACGGUUUCUUUUAACAUUCAAGUUUGGAGGUGAAGACAUAUCUUUGACAGACACACUACUUUUGUUUUUCUUACUAAGUUUACACUACUUUCUGUUUCCUAUGAAACUGUACAUUUCAUUCCAUAGAUUUUUAUAGAUAAAAUAUAACAUUAAUCCAUUAUUUGAGCACCAGAAGUCUCCGAAUCGAUCUGCCCUGGGCUGAAUCUUUAGUGCAAUACAAGGGGACUCUUUAAAUGAUUUUGUACUCUGAUGAUGUUUCCAUGCAGCCUGGGUGACGACUGUGUUAUGGAUAUUUUCUCAGCUGCUGUGAUGAUGACAUGUUGGCUGCCGUCGGCCCCAAAACGUCCCCGGGGUAAACAUAAAGAGAGAUGUGUAUGCUUUUUAAAACCACAUUUGCCUUUCAUAUACUGAAGUGCUUUGAAUUCAACUUAAUAAACUAAAGACUGGAAGUUCUUAAUGUUAACGCUGCAGAAAUAAAGAGUGACUUACAAAGUGCAA